AUGGAUUCAGCCACGGCGGCGUCGGUGUACGGCAUGAGAUUCCCCGUCACCGCGCGCUCGCGGGAUGACCCGCGGCUCCUGGGAUGGAGGAUGGUUGAUGGCAAAAGCCAGGCGCUGCAGCAGCGACACCUGGCCGAACUGGAGGCGGAGGGCAGGAAGAUGAAGGAUCAACCGAAGGACACGCCGGGAUCGGGGAUGCUGGCGGCCAUUGCGCACUUUGAUGCGUUGCAAGCAGCAAAGAAGCCUGCGGUAAUCAAGGCGGAG